GCGUUUACGAUUAUCGAGGUGGCAAGUCGCGGACCCUUGCCAUUUUAAUGUGCCGCUGGUUUCCCCCAAACGAGCAAAAGCAGAAGCAACAACACCGCAGCUUCGCCCGAUCUCAGAUCGAUUUGCCACUCCAUGGCCUCUGAUGCAAACUCGUAUGAAGAACUCCGGCGGCAAAGGGUCCAGGAAAAUCUCAAGCAUCUUGAGGAAUUGGGAAUCUCACAAAUCUCAAAAUGCCUAUCAGAGGUUGCAAAGUGUGAGCAAAAGAUAUUGAAACCUCGUGCAAGCUCCAAAAUCAAGAGAAAAGAUGCAACAGUUGAGAUUAGACGCUCUUCAAGAGUACGGAACAUAGUUUCUUCUUAUCGUGAUCAAGUUGAUGAAGCAGAACUGCAAUCAUUCCGUAAAAGAUACUGUAGAAGUGGACAGAGUGGAAGAGCAUACACUGGAAGAGUUGUAUCCUAUGAAGAACAAGUUCAAGCAGUAAAGAAAGCAGAAGGACUUCAGAGCAAUUUAGAUCCUAGCUACCCCUCCUUUGUCAAGACUAUGCUUCGAUCGCAUGUGUCUAGCUGCUUUUGGCUUGGACUUCCAACAAGGUUUUGCAAGCAACAUCUACCUCCGAAUGAGUUAAAAAUGGUGCUAGAAGAUGAGAACGGAACCGAGUAUGAUGCUGUAUAUAUAGGAAACCGAACUGGCCUCAGUGGUGGCUGGAGAGGCUUUGCAAUGGAUCACAAUUUGGAAGAUGGGGAUGCCUUGGUGUUUGAAUUGAGAGAACCUGCAAGAUUUAAGAUUUACAUUAUAAAAGCCAUUGACAUUGACAGUCCCAACAACAAGAUUGCUGGAUGUAUUGAACAAACUGGAUCACCAGAAACAGAGGAAACUCCACAAUUACCUGCAUCUCAAAAGCACAAAUCCAGGUCGUGCUCUAGAAGAAAACGGGCUAAGACUCAUAAAUCUGCCUGUAGUUGAAUCUUCAUACAUGGAAUCGAAGUUGGUGCUUGAGGUGUUUCUGGUCUACGAUAGUGAAAGGUAAUCAACCUGCUUCAGUAUAGUAACAUGCAAGACUAGAUACUAAGUGUUUGUGGAUUGAGAGUAAGAUGAUUUUUUGUCAGUUCACCAUCUUCCCUCAAGGAUCUUCUUGCGAUCUAGAUGUCAGUAAGGACAAUGUAACAACAGUUGCAUCUAUCAGUGUGGUUAAACAACAGUUACACCUGGUGGAAACUAUCACAAUUCUAGCAUUAACCUUACUUCUAUCUAAAGAGUUCCUCCCGAGUAAA